ACUUCACUAAACCAAACAUCUUCUUCCCUUCCAUCUUUCUCUCUAGGAGAAAUACACAGUAAGAGGAGAGAGAGAGAGAGAGGUUUAUGAAAUCUUUGUUAACCAUGGGCAAAGCUGUCUGUAUUCUGCUCCUAGCACUCAUUGCCAUUUCCAUGCUGGCCACCACUGUUAUGGCUGCAGAUGCCCAAUACAACCCAACUGGAUAUGGCCAGGGAAGCCUGAAGAAAUACCAGUGCUCCGGUCAGUGCUCAAGGAGAUGCGGCCGGACACAGUACAAGAAACCGUGCCUGUUUUUCUGCAACAAAUGCUGCGCCAAGUGCCUUUGCGUUCCUCCUGGCUACUAUGGAAAUAAGCAAGUCUGCCCUUGUUACAACAACUGGAAGACCCAGCAAGGAGGACCCAAGUGCCCUUAGAUUAAGUAAUCAAAGUUCCUUUUGGGUCUAGUUUGUGUGUUUCUCAUCUCAACUACACCACAAAAAGAGAAUUUACUUUCUUGUUUCUGCCUCUGAUUUAAGUACCCUUUUAUCUUAUAACCUGUUUUUGUAUCUCAUUAUUACCCAUCAACAGAUUUGUUAUUGUGUUAGAUCACAACUUCUUUGACAAAUCAAUCAAAUUGUAGUUCCUAUUUCAUCA